AUGAAUGUUUACGAAGCACCCGAUAAUGAUAACAACGAAGCACCUGAUAAUGAUAACAACGAAGCAUCUGAGAAUGAUCAGGAUGAUGAAAUCGAGGACGAAUCUUGGCAUAUCAAGAUUCCCGUUAUAAGUUCAAAUCAGGGUGAAUCUCAGGUUCCUGUAACACA